UUCUUUUUGCACACUUUUAGGCAAGGGCCAAUCUUUAGAACCCUCUUCAAUAUUCGCGUUCUUUGCUAAAAUCAUGUUAUUUAAUCUGGGUAUUCGUUGUUUCCUGAAUUAGAAGCGUUUUCCUCAUCUGGGUCUUUCUUGUUUUGUUGUUUAGAAGCUUUUUCCUCGACCAAAUUUUUCUUUUUUGGGGAUAUGAGGAAGAGGGAGAGAGAGAACCCUUGUGGGGUUUGUGGCCACUAUCAUAAAUAUGAAGAAGGAGAGGUCUGUGGGAUUUGUGGCCACCGGAUUCCGGCUACAUCGGAGAAAUCUUCGAUUCAAGUCAGCGCUUUUCCAUCGGAGAUCUUGCCCGAGUUUCUUUAUUUAGGUAGUUAUGAUAACGCCUCGCGCUCGGAGCUUCUCAAGACUCAGGGAAUCUCUCGCGUUCUUAAUACGGUGCCUGCUUGCCAAAACCUCUACAAGAAUUCAUUCACCUAUCACUGCCUUCAAGAUGACAAAACUUUGCCUUUUGAUGAUGCAAUUCAAUUUUUAGAGCAAUGUGAAAGGGACAAAGCUCGUGUUCUGGUGCACUGCAUGUCUGGAAAAAAUAGGUCACCAGCUAUUGUGAUGGCUUACUUGAUGAAGUCCAAAGGAUGGAGACUUGCCCAAGGUUACCAAUGGGUGAAAGAGCGGAGACCAUCUGUCGAAUUAUCUGAAGCUGUCUCCCAGCAACUGCAGGAGUAUGAGCAGAAGAUCUUUGGACCAAUUGCUACUGGGAACCCCAUCCCACCAGUCUUUGCACCUGCAGGUGUGCCGUCGUUUAGCUUCGGCUUCCCAAAGAUUAAUGAUCCAGUUUCCAUUCCCGCUUUCAGCAAUGUUGGUACUACCUCUAUUUUUGCUCGUCCUCCUUUAGACGUUCCACCGCACGAGUUUACUUUUGGAGCCAGCCAGAUUCAAAUUCAGAGGAGUAAUGAUAAUACACUCAACCCAAAUUGCAGUGAUAUUCCAAUGGAUGGUUCUUGAUUUCCCUACCCUUUUAUCUUUGGCGAGAUCGAUCCUUGGUCAGAAGUUAAAUGAGAGUCCUGACUUAUGAGUUUCUUUUUAACACAAUUUGGAUGUAAAGUGGGAGUUAAAUACUCGCAGCGUUUUGGUUUGUAAGAUUUGAAAUAUUCUCAAGUUGUGGGUGCCUUGUCUUCUCCAUCCUACUGUUCAAAAGUAUAAAGAUCUUUUUGACU